AUGAAACUGGAUGGCUCCGAUAGUCGUUUGUUACUUGAUGUUAUACGCAUCAAAAGAUUCAGUGUGGAUGACAUUCAGCAAAAGAUUUAUUAUAUCAACUCUGCAACUGAUUAUACUAACUCAGCAAACUUUAACGGAUCAGACUCCAAAAUCGUGCUUGGUGCUGGCCAUGAUGAUCUCACUGAUAUCCAGGUGGACCCUUUGAGACAGUUGUUAUUCUUUGCUGCUGAUAAUUCUGUGCAAAGAGAUCUAGUUGUUUACAAUAUUAGCAGUGGAGUGCUAAGGACAUUAUACAACGCAAACAGUUCAUCAAUUAGGCUAACAAUCGAUAGAUUGAAUGAGAUCAUUUACUGGAUAAGCUAUAACGCUGAUGGUGAAAGUUUCAUCUUAAGAAAAACUGAUUACAGUGGUAAUACUACAGUUAUAACCAGUUCGUUUGGAAGAUCUGGAAAACCAGCGAUUACCCAGAUUGGGAAUUAUUACUACGUUCUUGAUUCACCUCAGUCAAUCAUUCGUAAAUACGAUAAAGCCACUGAUACUGUUGUUCAAAACAUCACAGUUUUUAGUGGAGCUGCAGAUAUUAUUGGAACUAAUGACCUUAACGAAUGUAAUGAAAGUCCAUCUCCUUGUGAUCCGAAAGCAGAAUGUAGGAAUUAUCUUGCUGGAUUCUCAUGUGAAUGUAUGUCUGGUUAUACUGGAAAUGGAACCAUCUGCGAGGAUAUUAACGAGUGCAACGCAACAGGUGCUAACCUUUGUUCUGAUGAAUCGUUUUGUGUCAACGAGGACGGCAGAUAUCGUUGCGAUUGCAGACCUGGCUACAAUUACAAUGGCACACAUUGCAUAGACAUCAACGAAUGCAACACAACUGACGCUGUUUGCCACCGGAAUGCUACGUGUACCAAUAACAUUGGGUCAUAUUCUUGCGCUUGUGACCCCGGCUUCUCAGGGAAUGGAACUAUAUGCGAAGAUUUGAAGUGUUAUAUCGACGGGAUUUAUUUAGCAACGACGACUGAAAUUUAUAUCGUUAGUAAUGGUGGAUCAGAAACCAAUACCUUGACAUCAGCUACAAAUGCGAAACUGGAAUAUGACGCAUUAACCAAGAGAAUGCUGUAUUACACGGAUGAGGAUUUUACAUUAUAUACCAUGAAAUUAGAUGGGUCGAAUAAAACUAAGAUAUCAUCUAAUAUCCGAAUGAAUGCAUUCACGAUUGAUUAUGACUCACGCGCUAUUUAUUACAUAAGCACGGUGGACAACAGUAUAUCAGGAUUUCCGAUGUCAAACAGCUUAAAUAUUGAAGUGUUGAUCGCGAAUGAUGGUGUUUUAAAAGAUCUUGAUAUUGAUACCUCUUCCCGCCUUCUGUUCUUUUCAAAAUCCGACAACAAUGGCGAUAUUGCUCAAUAUAAUUUGACUUCAAAAACCGCAUCGCAAAUUCAUCCCAAACUGGGUUUCCCCGAAGACGUUAGCGUGGAUGGGCGGAAGCAAGUUGUCUAUUGGACAAACUUUGUUUCUAACACUGCUGCUUAUGAAAUAAGAAAGUCGUACUAUAACGGAACAACAGUCGUAUUGAAAAGCUUUCCUGGAUCAUCAACUCACCUCAAACUUGCACAAGGUGAACGAUAUUUGUACGUUCUUAAUCCAAGCACUUCGAAGUUGGAUGUAAUUAAUAAGGAAAGUGAAGAAGUCUUGGUGACGUACGAUGUGAGAUCUGACACAGCUGCCAUUGCAGUUGCCGCUGAUGUGGAUGAGUGCUGCCUUGGUGGUUAUUGUCACAUGUAUGCCACGUGUACAAAUGUGCCCCAAAGUUAUCAAUGCAAAUGCAAGACCGGAUUCAGAGGAAAUGAUACGUAUUGUGAAGAUAUCAACGAAUGUGAAAAUACAACUAUAUGUCACACUAAUGCCACGUGUGAUAACAAUCUUGGAUCUUAUACUUGCACCUGUAAUCCCGGUUUAUCUGGAGAUGGUAAAGACACGUGCAUUGGUAAGACUAUUAUAAUUCUGAACGAAGGACUAUUUUACAGCUAG